AUGUGCUUGGUCAUAGAGAAGUCCGGAGAAGAUCAGUUGUCAUCGCCGGAGACGAAGAAUGGGAACCGAGGGUUUCGGUCCGAGAGGAAUGCCGGGAAUUUGAGGGUGGAACAACCAACUAGGAAUUUUUCGUUUCUGAAUUUGGAUUCCCAUCCUCCCGGAAUUCCACUCCCUAAAAGUACUAGAAAAUCCACCCCGGUGCCCUCUCCGCUGCCUUCCGGUGAUCAGUUUGAUGCUGCCGCCGUCAAAUUACAGAAAUUUUAUAAAAGUUACCGGACAAGACGGAAUCUUGCCGAUUGCGCUGUUGUUGUCGAAGAAUUAUGGUGGAAGGCGUUGGAUUUUGCCGCUCUACGGCGGAGCUCGGUGUCGUUUUUCGACUCCAACAAGUCGGAAACCGCCGUGUCAAAAUGGUCAAGGGCCGGAGCAAGAGCUGCAAAGGUUGGGAAGGGAUUAUCAAAGAAUGAGAAAGCUCAGAAAUUGGCUUUGAGACACUGGCUUGAAGCUAUCGAUCCACGUCAUCGGUAUGGACACAAUCUCCACAUAUAUUAUGAUGUUUGGUUCCAAAGUCAAAGCUCGCAGCCUUUCUUUUAUUGGUUGGACAUUGGAGAUGGAAAGGAGUUGAAUCUUGAAAAAUGUUCUAGAGCAAUUCUACAAAGACAAUGCAUUCAAUAUCUUGGACCUAAACAAAGAGAAAGUUAUGAAGUGAUUGUGAAAGAAGGGAAGCUUACGUACAAACAAAGUGGGGAUUUUGUUAACACAAUAGAGGAUUCUAAAUGGAUAUUUGUUCUUAGUGCUUCAAAAAAUUUAUAUGUUGGGAAGAAAAUUAAAGGGCAGUUUCAACAUUCUAGCUUUCUUGCCGGCGGUGUCACCACCGCUUCCGGCCGAUUGGUCUCCCAUGAAGGUAUUCUCAAGGCUAUUUGGCCGUAUAGUGGACAUUAUCGUCCUACGGAAGAGAACUUCAUCGAGUUCAUUGAAUUCUUGAAGGAAAACAAUGUCGACCUAACAAACGUUAAGAAAUGUGCAACAGACGAUGACGUACCACCCAAUACCAAGAAAGAAAAGGAAGAAAUGGAUGAAACAACAGAAGAGGAGAAGGAAGUAAGGGGCGGUGGAGCAGUGACAGAACCGUCGGGAGAAGGGGCGGAAAUGGAAAAGCAUUGCAAUGUAGUUGCAAGAAGAAGCAAAUGGACGACGGGCGUCGGUCCUCGAAUUGGAUGCGUCCGAGAGUAUCCCACCAACCUUCAAUUUCAAGCAUUAGAAAAGCUAAAACUUUCGCCUAGAAUCCCAAACAUUCAACAACAUACAUACAACUCCAAUUUUCCAAUUCCAUCCCCAAGGCCUAGCCCUAGAAUCCAUAUGUCCCCUAGGCUUGCUUCCAUGGUGCUCCCAAGUCCUCGAACAUCACGAUGAUGUGCCAAGAAAUUGUUCGAAGAGGCUGAUAGCUAAAGCAACGUGACUGAGGACGAACAUUUUAUAUACAACUAGAUAU